AUGAAUAUAAUUAAGGUUGGUCUUAAGUUUAGUUCAAUUAAAUACCCUUCACUUGAUAUUCAUAAUUAUUAAUUGUAUAAGUAUCAUUCUGAUUAUGGAAAUUUGUUAAAAGGCUUAAAGAUAGGUACAUCGUUAUUGCCUAAUCAAUAUGAAAUUGUUCCUUCCAAACUUAAAGGAUUUCUAAUAGAACAAUUAAAACAGGAUCAAUAAAUAUUAAAAAAGCCAAAAGAAGUGCUAUUUGUAGGCAGAUCAAAUGUUGGGAAAUCUAGUUUGAUUAAUGCAAUAUUAGGAUAAAAAGUAGCAUAAACAUCAAGCAAAACUGUAAUAAAUAUUGUAUUAUAUGUAGGGUAGUACUUUAAGAUUAUAAUUUCACAAUAUUCAAACAAUUAAUGGUUAUGUAGUGGAUAGUCCUGGAUAUGGAUAUUCUUAAAUAAAUGUAGAUGCAUAGAAAUAUAUGUAAGGAAUGAUAUAUACCUAUGCUAAAUUAUCAUCAAGAUUAUCUAGAAUAUAUGUACUAAUUGAUAUAGAACAUGGUAUUAAAGAUAAGGAUAAAGUCAUGUUAAAUAUGUUAUAAGAAUAAAAUGUAAAUAUAUAAAUUGUGUUAACCAAAUGUGAUAAGAUAAAAGAAAGAAUGCUUUAUGAUAGAUAAUUGUAUCUAGCUAGAGAAAUUAAAUAAUUUAAAAAUAUUCAUCCUAUCAUUCACACUGUAAGUACAAAAGAUAAUUUUGGAAUUAAUGAUAUUUAAUAUUCUCUUAUUGAUUCAUUUUUGGUUCAUCAAAGUAGAUAAUUGUUGAAUAUGGAAGAUCGAUUGAUAAAACUUAUUUAAGCUAGAAAUAGACCACAAAAAUUAGACUUAAACAAAUUAACUAAACAAUUCAAAAAAGGUUUACAAUUACCAACAGACUAGAAUAGUCUAGUGCAUACUAAAAAGCCUAAACACUAACUCUCUUGAAUUGAUUGCUG